GCGAACUGAAGAGGAACUGCUUGAACUGCUACAGACACAGUAACAACUUCACAGAGAAGCAAGACACCUUACAUUUUAUUCUAACAUGAGCUGCUUUUCCAUUUUAAUUAUCAUCAUUUCGAGUGUUGCCAUUCAAGCAAAUAGGCAUUUUAAUGGUAAAACUGGAGCAUCUGUCACUAUUUUGUGUGAUUACAAUAGGAAAUAUAUACAGCAUAAGAAAUACUGGUGCUCUGGUGGAGAAUUCAAUUUAUGCAAAAUUCAGGCGUAUGCCAAUCAAACAAAUGACAAAAUGACAGUAAAUGAUAACCCAGCUGAGAGUCUCUUUACUGUGACUAUGAAUAAUCUGAAGACAAAAGACACUGGAUGGUACUGGUGUGCUGUAGAGAUAGGUGACAUAACAGAGCCAGAUGUUAAAGAGAAGAUUUAUAUCACAGUGAAAAGAGAUUCUGAUCUGUCUGUUAAGGAGAGCAGAGUGAGAGGUGAGGAAGGAGGCAACGUCACAGUCCAGUGUCGCUACAGCGCUGCGUAUCAGAAUGAACAGAAGCAGUGGUGCAGAUUUAAAGACAAGAACUGCAACACAUUUCAGUGGACUGAAACAUCCCAGAAUUCAGCAGUGCAGCUCAGUGAUGAUGGCAGAGAAUCCUUCAGUGUGGAGAUGAGAGGACUGAAGAAGAGUGAUGCUGGCUGGUACUGGUGUGGUGCAGGAGAUCUGCAGGUUCCUGUUCACAUCAGUGUCAGUGAUCCACCUCCAGAUGUGGAAACAACAGAGAUUGCAACCACUCACCAUGUUUCUAAUUAUAUGUCUGUCUUAAGGGACACUUCAGCAGCGCCUGUAACAGCAACUUAUAGCAGUGAGAAAACCAUAAUGCCAGUGAAGUUCUGCAUUGCACACAACUGAAGGCUGUAACUGGCAUUAAAUCAGUCUAUCUAUCUAUCUAUCUAUCUAUCUAUCUAUCUAUCUAUCUAUCUAUCUA